GUGACGCGGACGAACGCGACGGAGACGACGACGCAUCGCAAGGUGCGCGUGCUCGUGAUCGGCGACUCGGGGGCUGGGAAGACGACGCUGACGCGCGCGCUGGUCGGCGGCGGACGACGCGGGAGGGAAGAGCACGGACGAACGAGCGGGUGCAGCGCGGAGGUGAUGCGAGCGAGCGAAGAGGGCGCGGAGGGGACGACGGGGACGCGCGACGCGGCGACGUACUUCGUCGAACUGUGGGACGUGGGGGGACAUCGACAGUAUAAACGAGAGCGAGGGAUAUUCUACGAUCAGAUAAACGGGGUGAUAAUCGUGCACGAUGCGUCGAUGCGAGCGAGCGGGGCGCGGUGCGAGGCGUGGGCGCGAGAGGUGGCGACGAGAGGGACGUUUUCGGCGCCGACGCCGACGGCGGAGAGUUUCGCGAGCGGCGAACAGCCGUGCGUGAUGUACGGUUUCGGCGGUUUACCGGUGCCGUGCUUGAUCGUGGCGAAUAAGGUAGAUUUAGAAAGCGCCGCAAACGAUGGGUUCGGUCGAGGAGAUGGACUUUUACGGCGUGCGCUAGACUUUUUUGGCGAUAAAAGCCGGCGCCGGCGGUCGAUUCUUCCGGAAACCAUCGGCGAAGCCGCGCGCGCGAGCGCGUCGGCGGCGCACAGACGCCAACCCUCGUUCGGGGCGACCGCGCUCGCGAAACUUCCACCGGGUGGCGGUUUGCGCACGUCCGCGACGCUCGGUCGUAUAGACGUGGACGUCAUGCAUGGGUUCUUUCGCGAGCUCGUCCGCCGUCGAUACGACGCCGCCGUGAUCGACGCCGGCGCUUCGCGCACGUCCGAGCGGCUUUUACACGCCAAGCCCGCCGCGCUCGUGGAUGAUGAUCUCGACGACUUAACCUAG